AUGGAAACGAAGAAAAAAGGGACGAAGCUGCUCUACUGCGCCCUCGGGGCACUCGUGCCAGCGUACUGGCUCCACCACCGCAGGGCAAGUACAAGUCAGAGAGAAAACAACCAAAUUAGAGACGAACUAGACAUCGUGAAGAAGCUAAAAAUGAACAGCGCACUCUGUCACAUACCACUAAUCAUCCUGAGCAUUUACGACGGUUAUAUUUACGAAAAUAAAAUGCUCCGCUGGAUUUACUACACACUUAGGGAAAGGUCAUCAUCUCGGAGAGUCCCUCCUCCGUGUCCAUCUCGCUCUGCAUCUCCAUCUCUUCCUCGGAAUCCCAACGAUAGGGCAGACACCACCAGCACAGAAGGUAGACAUGGCCCUAAUUACCACUUCAUCAUGCACAGCGAAAAAAGCCUAUUUAACAAAAUAUAUUUUUAUGAGAUCAUAUUAGACAAGAGUGUGAAAUAUGCCGUCAUCUCACCACAGCUAAGUUAUUACAUUUUGAGGCAGCUAUCUCAACACGUGGUUAAUCUCAACACGAGGUUGUAUCAUGAGAAGGAGUUCUCGUUGCAUAGGGAGAAGGAGGGGGGGAGUCGCGGUUGCCGUGGUGAUUGCCGUGGCGAUUUCCGUGGCUGGCUUGCCAACUGGGUGACACGUUUGGCGUGGGGCGGGGGGGCGUGGCCCGACGAGGUGAGCCACUCCCACUAUAGCGACAAUGACAGUGAUAGCGACAGCGAGGCAGAAGAAGAGAGAUCAUCCCCCCCGCGGAAGAGGAACCUCCCCGGAAAGGCAAAAGGGAAUCUCUAUGAAAAAUACGCGAUUCAUAAGUAUGAACAGACAUUUAGCCAAACGACGACAGGUGGUAGCAGUCUCUCCUCCCCCCAGCACGACCAAGUCAGCAUCAAUCUUCUCUAUUUGCUAAACAAAGCAUACGAUAAUGUAAAUAGGAUCUGUAUUGAUACCGAUACAAACACCCUUGUGAACCUCUACAUGGUGAAUAUACUUAAGUUCAUUUGCUACAAGAGUUAUCGACACAUCCUGAUGAAUAGCUCUUUGUUUGAAGAACUGGACAAGAGGGACAGGAAGGGGAGAAGCCUCGUCGAUUACUUCUUCGGCUUCUUCGGCGGGGGAAGCGCGUCUGAGGAGGGGUACUUCGCGGGGGGUAGCGCGGCUGAGCAGGGGCACCUCCUGCGGGACGAUGCGGAUAGGCACUUAUUUUGUGGGGAAACCGAAGGGGGGUGCGAAAGGGGCCAUUCGGCAGGCGGUCAAAAGAGCGUCCCAAGGAGCGUUCCAAGGAGCGAUUCGCCAAGUGGUCUCCCCCGCACCCCGUCUAACUCGCCAUCCUCCAAGGGGGUCCAAAAAAGGGAUAAAAAAGACGACGCUGUGCAGCAAAAUGGAGAUGGCAGCAGAAGCCAUGACGUAGUUGGCCACGGAAAAGCUGAUCACAUAGUAGCGAAAGCUACAUCACAAACGGUUGCCACGUUGUACAGCCACGGAGGGAACAGAAAGCAGCAGGAAGACACGCUACAGAUGCAUCCACACAAUUGCACACCAUAUCGGAGCGAAAUGGACGAGAAAAUGAAAAUACUAAAUGACCUCUACCUCGUGCUGUACCUACGCCUUCUCCUGGAAUGCUGCAUCAAAAUGGUCAGCAUAAAAAAAAACCUAUUAAUGCUGGAGGAGAAGGCGAAGUUUGAGAAGGGGAAUAAAAUCUUUUACCUGAGCACAUCGGAUGCGAUUGAGAAUUUGAAGGUGCACUUACUCAAGCGCUUCCGGCAUGGAGAGGAGAAACGGGGGCUCCGCAUCUUCUUUCGCCCGUACGGCAAGGGCGGCGGGAAUGGGCAACGGGGUAAGCGGCAGGAUGAUAUGCCGCUGCACACACCGCCGAACACACCGCUCAACACGCGGCUAAAGAAAGUUCCCUCAUGGCACAGCACAGACGAGAAGCUCCAUGCCGAGCAGUCCAGCCUAGCCGCGGCAAAAAGUAAACUCAGAGGGCACUCCAAAAAAGCCAAAAUAUACAUGCACAGAAAGAUUUUCAAAUUGAAGAAACUGAUUAACUAUUACGUUAUCAAUUUGGAUGAAGCUAUAAAGAAUAAGUAUUACAAAAAAGUCCACGAAAAAAAUGUGAAACGGAUAAGAGACCAUUUGAGAGAAAACACACAGAAGGAAAUAGACAUGGGACGGUUCCACGAUAUUUACUCCAACAUGGUUACCAAUUUGAAUGGCAUCCUCUCCUUUGCUUCCGCUGUUGAUGCGAGAAAUCAGGCCCAUCGCAUUUUAUCUCUUUACAACACCUGCGUCUUCUACCAGUAUAAUUACCUCAACGAGUAUGACAGUCUCUUUUUUAAAAACGGAGUUGGUCGCUACUUGCGUCGUUUGGGUGAGUCGUCCUCAUCCUCACAAAGGGGAGAACACCACUCAGGAGAAUACCCCUCCUGGGAACAAUCAUCCCCCUCAGGAGAACACUCCUCCUCGCCUUCCUUCUACUACACAAACGACAUCCACCUGCUCCUCCUUCUAUACACACACCGAAUACAAAAGUGCCUAAAUACAUUCACCUAUAUAUACAAUAAGAAUCACUUCAGUAAGUACUGCUCCCUCUGUUGUGUAUUCCACAAAUUGAAUUUCAUCAUUCUGUCCAAGAGGUGUGCAUCUCACUGGGUAAUCAAUGUUGCAUACCUCGCUUACGACAAUUGGUUUUCCUGCUUCUCCUUGCUUUAUUUUUUUUGUGUCUACUCGUACGUUGCUUUUUUUCUUAUGUACCAGUAUAAUACCUUUUCUUGCGUGCGCUACUUUGGCAUUUUCUCCGACCCCGGCUUGUCUCUCUACUUCGUGAAGCUGUACACAAAUAUGCGCUCGCUGUACGGUGCGUGA